UAUAGAACUAGUUUAUGGUGAUUCGAGCAGUCUAUUGUUUUUUUUUUUAAUAAGAAAUUACAAGAUUUUGGUGAUUAUCAUUGGUACGUAGUACCCAAAAUUUCAGUUGGUGCAAAAGAGAAACAAUGAGGUUGAGAUAGACGAAGAAAGAGCUUAAGAACAGAAUCCAGCCUUCAGGAAGGCAGCUAGGUUACGAUUUAUUCGCCAUUAACUUUCGUUUUUUGAUGCGGAAUUGCAACCACUUUUGUCUCAUUCACUUCUCCAUGUGUUGACAAUGGUCAGUUUGGUCAGAAUAUGUUUGAGUGACACACGCAUAUAUUCCUCAACCAUACGAACCUUAACAGCUGCUGUUACAAUAUUUAGACAUUAUCAUUUCAACAAGAGCCAAACUCCCAAAAUUCCAGACCCAUUUGCUUCAUUUCAGAGUACUGGCCGAAACAUUGUGGCGGUUUUCUGGGACUUGGACAACAAACCUCCAAGAUCAGUAUCUCCAUUUGAUGCUGCUAUUAGACUGAAAAAGGCUGCUGAAUCAUUCGGGGCUGUUCGGUACAAGAUAGCUUAUGCUAAUCAACAUUCCUUUGAUUAUGUUCCUCCUGAGAUUAAGGAACACAGGCGAGAUACGAGAAAAUUAAACCAGCUGGAAAAUAAAGGUGUUGUAAAACCGGUAGAACCCUAUAUAUGUCGUGUUUGUGGGAGGAAGUUCUAUUCAAAUGAAAAGCUUAUUAACCAUUUUAAGCAAAUCCACGAGCGUGAGCACCAGAAGCGAGUGAGCCAAAUUGAAUCAGCUAAAGGUAGUCAAAGGGUAAAAUUAGUGGGAAAAUACUCUAUGAAAAUGGAAAAGUAUAAUAAUGCUGCGAGAGAUAUUUUAACUCCAAAAGUCGGGUAUGGACUGGGAGAUGAGUUAAAACGGGCAGGGUAUUGUGUUAAUGUCGUUUUGAAUAAACCGCAAGCUGCAGAUGUUGCAUUGAGAAACCACAUGGUGGAUAUGAUGGAUAGACGGCAGAUGGAGUGUUUGAUACUUGUGUCGGAUGAUUCUGAUUUUGUGGAGGUUAUAAAGGAGGCGAGAUUGAGAUGCUUGAAAACAGUGGUUGUGGGUGGCAGCAACGAUGGGGCUCUUAAGAGGGUUUCGGAUGCUGCCUUUUCAUGGGAAGAGAUUAUUAUGGGAAAGGCUAAAAAGGAAGCGGUAUCCGUUGUGGGGCGGUGGAAAGAUAGAGAUAUUUUGAAAAGGUUGGAGUGGACGUAUAACUAUGAAAGGGAGAGGAAGCUAUACGGUUUAUGUUCUGAGGAUGAUGAUCAAAAUGAUGAUUUGAAUGCCGCCAGUAACUUAGUUUCUGAUGAAGUUAAAACGGAUCAAAGUCGUGCGUGGUGGAAACUUGAGUCAGAUUCGGACUCUGCUGCGUCUUCCUAAUUGGUGGAAACUUUUCUUUUUGUGAAGUUAUUAGCUUUAUAAUCGGUGAUCAAUAUGUGAUCGAUAUAACCACGAGAAGCUAAAUAGAUACUGAAUGUUCUCAACAAUGAUUUCAUAGACUUAAAAUCAUAGCCUAGAGGGACUUUAUUAGUACCACUAAAGACGUAUUAUAUUAUACUUAAAAAGAAA